AUGACCGGCCGCAAGAGAAAGGCAGAGGAGGAGGAAGAGCUCGUUUCCCUCCCGAGUGGCGAUGAGGAGGAGGAAGAAUAUGUAGAGGAUGACGAAGAGGAAGAUGAGUUCGAUGACGAGGAAGAUGAGGACUUCGAGGGUGAAGCCGAGGGUGAAGAAGGUGACGAGGAGGAAGACGAGGAGAAUGCCGCUCCGGCUCCAGAACAAUCCCCGCCCAAGAAGAAGCUAAAGACGGCCCCCUCGGCCCAGCAAGAGGCGCCUCAUAAGAACGGCACCGUCUCGAACGGCCGCGAAGAGGAUGAAGAGGGCGAAGGCGAGGAAGAUGAGUUUGACGAGGAGGGAGAGGAAGGUGAGGGCGAAGAUGAGGAGGAGGAGGAGGAGGAGGAGGAAGAAGAGGGCGGCGAAGAGAAAGAGGCGCCCACGAAGGGCGCCGGCAAGGUGGCCUCCGCUCCCGCGGCAGGCAAGGGCGACUCCAACGCCGUUGCUGCGGGCGGUGAUGAGGAGGACUGA